GCAACUCGUGCUGCUCGGUGCACUUGGGGACAAGAUGUACCCAAUGAAUGAGCGGCUGCGCUGACGGCGCAGGCGAGCUGCCGGUCGACACGCCCCCCGCAUGGAUACAGCGGGACGGAACGGGCGCUCGGGAGACUCACGCACUAUGCUGGAGAUUUUUUGACGCCGCAAUGGGGAGUUAACGCGUCCAAGUUUGCGGAGUUCCUGUUGUCGGCGCACCGAACAAAAGACGCAGCCCGUUUGCGCUUGUCUGGCUCUCUGUGGAGGGGGGCGGCCGUGCGCGUUUUUGUCGUUUCUCGCGCAGGAUGUUGAUGAUAUUGGAAAGCCGGGUAAGAUCAUAAAGUCAGUUCUCCUACACAAAGGGAACCACGGUACUUUGGGCCCCCCCUCCCUCGCACGGCGUCGUUUCAUUCUUUUUUUAUUUUUAUUUUUGAAUGUCAUCAAGAAGCAGAGGAGGCUGUUUGAAAGACAAAAUGGAUCACUUUGCAGCAGAGUGCCUUGUUUCCAUGUCCAGUCGUGCAAUUGUUCACCCCCCUAAAGGCAACAGGGAGCUUGAGAUCCCGACCUCCUCCAGGAUCGGGGAGGACAUGAAGGAGCCCCUGGUGAAGGAGAACUCCUCUCUGUUCGUGGUGGCGCGGAUUCUGGCGGAUUUUAACCAGCAGACUCCCAACGGCGAGCAGGCGAAAAUAAAGGAUGAGAGCACGCCGAACCUCAGAGAGGAUGGAAACUCUGCCACACCUACCACCUUCUCCGAUCCUCUGCCCAAACAAAGAGGCAAGAGAUCGAGAGGUCGAACUGAGCAGGAAUCACCUCAGAAAAAGCACAAAUGCCACUAUUCAGGUUGUGAAAAAGUUUAUGGCAAAUCCUCCCACCUCAAAGCUCAUCUAAGGACACACACAGGAGAACGGCCCUUCCCGUGCACCUGGCCCAACUGCAGUAAGAAGUUUGCCCGCUCCGACGAGCUGGCCCGCCACUACCGCACCCACACGGGCGAAAAGAAGUUCGGCUGCCCUCUCUGCGACAAGCGCUUCAUGCGCAGCGACCACCUGAUGAAGCACGCCCGCCGCCACUCGGAGUUCCAGCCCGGCAUGCUGAAGAGGCCCCACGGCGGCAGCACCCCGCGUCCCAGCUCCCUCAGCGACUACAGCCGCUCAGAUGCCUCCAGCCCCACCCUCAGCCCAGCCAACUCGCCUUAAACUGAAACCCCCCCGGUCGCACUUUACAGCCCGCGAGGCUGUGAGGCCCACCUUUUCUUCAUAACACUUUUGUUGCACAGUCGUCAGUGUCCAACCCCUCCCACCAGACCAUCUUUGCUAUUCCUGCGCUUGCUGUGGUGUACCAUACUGUACAUAACUGCUUAUUGUAGUGCAAUUACCUGUGUGAUCCUAACAGACGAUAACGCUUUACCCAGAAUGAUGAUGUGUACUUUCUGUACCACAUUUUUUUUCUUUUGUUUUUUAGCUUCUAAUCAUGGCUAGUAGUUCAGCAGACAGUUUAGAAGUAGGAAAAAAAACACCCUGAUAAGUCUUAUCCAUAUUUUUAUUGUUUUUUUUUUCCACAUACAGGUUAAGAGAAGGGGUAAACACACACACCUCAGGACGGAAGACACUUGCUGUUUCUGUAAUACCACAGUACUCAAGAGUACUCACAUUGACUGCACAAUAUACUCAUCACUUUAUUCCGAAAUUCAACAGGGGUUGAAUUUUACACCCUGCUCAGGGAAGGCCUUGUUAGCUUGAAAGAAUGAACAUGGCGAAGAGAAGCAAACAGAACAUAUUCUGCAGCCUUACACACAACACGAUUUGCACUCUCUGCUUCAUUUUUUUUGUUUUGCUUUCACAGUUCAAAUAAAAAGAAUCCGUCAGACUUCAUAUUAGAUUGUGAAAACAAUCAGUGCCCCCUUGGUAGAAGAGUUUCUGCUCCAUAUCUCCAAAACUAAUCUGUUAGAUCUGCGUGUGAUUCUGCCGUGUGGGAGGAUUGACAUUUUCCUGUUUUCUUAAAAAUGUUUAUAUUUAAAGUAAAAAAAA